GACCAACCCCAGCGUUUAGUUUCCUAGGCAACGCCAGGGGGAGGGGCCUAUUUGCCAGGCGACUAACUCUGCCACAUCACAACAUCCAGAGAUCGAUCAGAGGCAGCUUCAAACAGAGCCUUUGAGCUGGAGGUUGGUUUCUCUUCCUCCCUCCUGGUUCUGCUGGUGUUACCCGAACAGGCCGGCGGCCAUGGCGAAGGACCCUCUGGCAGAGGCAGGCUUUUAUUUUGAUGAACUCAACAAGCUGCGGGUGCUUGAGCCUGACGUCAGCCAGAAGACUACGGAGCUGAAAGAAGAGUGCAAAGAGUUCGUGGACAAAAUCGGCCAGUUUCAAAAGAUUGUCGACGGUCUGAUAGAAAUGGUUGAUGAACUGGCAAAAGAAGCAGAAACUGAGAAAAUGAAGGCAAUCGGAGCCAGAAAUCUGCUGAAGUCGGUGGCAAAACAAAGAGAAGCUCAGCAGCAGCAGCUUCAGGCGCUAAUAGCAGAAAAGAAAAUGCAACUUGAGAGGUAUCGAGUGGAGUACGAAGCCCUGUCCAAAGUGGAGUCUGAGCAGAACGAGUUCAUCGACCAGUUCGUUCUGCAGAAAUGACGCGGACCACCAAACGCCUCCAGAGUGCCUGAACAGAGCGACUUCCUGCUGCCGCUGUAGCGUCUUCUCCCUGGCAUUCGCUAAGCUGCAGCCUGGACAGGAAACACCCCCCCCCCCCCCACCCGUUUACAGCGCCUGUCUCAGACACAUCUGGGUGGGAAACAGGCAGCUGCAGCAACCAGGGAGAAACUCCAGGGCGAACCAAACAGCUCAGCAUCCACCACAGGAGCUAUUUAUACAAAGAAAACCUAUUUAUAACAAGUAUUAUUUAUACUGAAAGACUGCUGUUUAUCUACUUUUAUGAGCUUUUCUAUCAGCUUAAAUGUUUUCUGUAUUUGCAUGUAUCUGCAUAUAGGUUUAAAACUAAACGUUUUCCUUCGAUCGGCAUAAAAACAGUCUUUGUCUCAUCGCUGUUAUUCUAAUAAUUCAGAUCCAAACGGUUCUGCUUGCAAACGGUAGCAGAAAUACAACUCAACCAUUUUCCUCAUUCAUGUCAUUUUCAUCAUGGUUGAAAUAAAGAUUUUUAAAACUUUCA